GAAUCAUCAGGCUUUUUGUUUACCACGAGGUUGGCGCUGCCGAAGCUUGACUGAGGUUCGUCUCUGCUUAAGUUCUUCCUUGUAAGAAUAAUCUUCGACGCCACCGUCAGCCAUGGAGGAUCAUGAUGACCAACACUUCGACCAGGCCGUUUCCGGCGCGUCGACCACCUAUCCGAUGCAAUGCUCGGCCCUGCGUAAGAACGGGUUCGUAAUGCUCAAAGGCCGUCCUUGCAAAAUUGUUGAAAUGACUACCUCGAAGACCGGCAAGCACGGACACGCUAAGGUCCACCUUGUGGGUAUCGACAUCUUCACCUCGAAGAAGUACGAGGAUCUGUGCCCAUCGACGCACAACAUCGACGUGCCGAACGUCAAUCGCAGUGACUAUCAACUGCUGGAUAUCUCCGACGACAACUUCGUGUCUCUCAUGGACGACAAAGGAGAUAUCCGUGACGAUCUCCGCAUGCCGGCCGACGAAGAGCUGGCUAAGAAAAUAACCGAUGACCUCAAGAAGAGCGAUGCCAACAUCAUCCUGACCGUGCUCUCCGCCGUCGGAGAAGAGGCCAUCAUUGCCUGCAAGAACUCUAACUAGAACGUCCAGCGUUAUCAAUCAACCCCCGUUGGAGAUCCAAUGUCCUUCAAUUCCUGCAAGUCAAAGAAUUAGUUGCACAUUCGAGACAGAAUUCCUUGAUACAAUCGCUAAAUUUACCUUAAAAUCGGAUCAUUGGGACAAACUCAUUACGCUGGAGGGUCUGUCCUGAUACUCUCAGUCGAUCACGGGCUAGUUUUUUUCGAGCCAUCAGCCCUGGGUGGGAUGGGGGAAAACGUAUGGGUUGAUACGGUAGGCUGCAUGACAGCUCACCGGGAAGAUUCAUAUAGACACAUGAAACGAAAAAAAUACAAAAGUACGAACACCUUCAACAGAAGUAGGUGGCACAGAUAUAUUUUUUUUACAAAAAUAAAAGCAUGGCCAUCUCUGCUGUUGGGGCGACAAUUCGAUGAGUGCUUUUUUUGGCGACGGGUCUCGUGGAUCAAAAUCUGCUGCGACUCGGGGAAAUAACGCUAGCUGGCUAAAUAACGACCCUAGGAAGAUUCUUUAGAUCAUAGGAGUUUCGAUUUGAGCACUCGAGUGUUUUGGAAAGUCUGUUCACGAACCUCGGCCUGGCGUAUCGCCAACGGCAUCGUGAAACCUGUUCCAAGCUAGCUACUGUUAACCAGCCUGAACCGUCGAAAGUUAUCGCAGCCGAUCAUGAUGCUAGGAAUUUGAAUUCGAAAUUCGAUUUUGAAGAAGGAUCGUGGUGCUGGUUUGAUCAACCUGCUCUCCCGUCCUGCUAAGACUUCCAGUGAUUCCGAUGUGCCCGGAGGUCCGUGAUUAUCAUGGCGAGCCCCGAUGCUGGAAUCUUGAGAUCGAUCAAUCUCCCCAAGUCGAACCUCAGACCUCAGACCUACGAUUCUUGGAAACGGUCAAUUUGAUGUGGGGCCUGCGAAAAUUUGUUGGAGAAUCGAAAAGCGAUAUUGAGCUCCGGGACAAAGCCGAGAGGUCGCACGGAUUCGUACAGUUUAUUAUCGGACUGAAGAAAAAUAAUGUAGAGCUUGGCUAUCAUAUAAACUCCAGAUCAGUUCAAGCCAGGAUUAUGAGGAUUGUGUUUGCAGUAUGAUAAUCGGAUUCUUGUUCCCAGCUUGUAUGUGCGAUUCAUAUGGCUCUAGGCGGGAUAUGUGCUGCCAUUCGAUUCAGGCUCCGCGACGUGCUAACCGCUAUAACUGGCAUGCUAUUCUGAACAAUAAUGAUAAGAAUGAUAUUAUUAAUGAUGAUAAUAAUGUUGUAUCCGUCAAUACAAAUAUCAUGAAAGGUGGUUGUCCAUUGACGAUGAAAGAAACAAUGAUAUCGGAUACGAUCGGCCAUGCGAAUUGGGUUAGUAGGGAGGAACAGUGAUUCCGUGGGAUGUUUUGAAGAAACCGCGAAAUCAUUGAUCUUCGAACGCUCGUCUGAGGAAUUCAAAUGGGAAAUUGUUGUUCGGUACCAGCGAGUUGCAUCGAGAUAUUCCUCCCAUUUUCGAAGGAUGGUUGGAGGGAGGAACACCUGAUGUGGAUAACAGUGUCGCACACUCUUUCGGAAAGUAGGAUACUCUGACCUGAAUGUAUUGCGACCAUUAAUUUUGAGUAUUUUCCGACUUCAAUGUAUCGCUGGACUGAUUGAUCUAUUUGAUAUAAACUGUUCCCUUAUUCCAAC